AUGGGGCCAUCGAAAGAGCCUCUCAAAAACCACGAUAUCGACAGUACUGGUGACGUCGUCGCGAAAUUGGUCUCUGCUGAUGAUGAUAACAUCGAGCUUUCAACCCUUCGUCUUUCUUCAAAGAUCCUCUCUCUAGUAUCUCCUGUUUUCAAAUCGAUGCUUGACCCUGCCAAAGGCUUCAAAGAAUCUCUUCUCAAACCGAACGGUAUGAAAGAGAUUUGUAUCACAGCCUUCUCAGAGAAAUCAACAAUAGUUGCUAUGAACAUCCUUCAUUACCAGCCUGAGAGUUUGCCCGGGCCUACGGAAGUAUCAUCACGCGAACUAUACAACCUCGCGAGCUUUGCCGAUUAUUAUCAGUGCCAGAGGUUCCUUAAGCUUUGGACCCCAAUAUGGGCUAUGCCUGUAUGGAGAAUUCGUUCUCCAUCCAAAAACACAGCUAGAUGGCUGUGGAUUGGUAUUUCAUUCCAGAUCCCUCAGAUUACCAAAGAUUGCGCGCAGGAAGUCUUCGAGCGUAUGAGAUUACAAGGCGGGAAAUUUUUGGUGGAUGGGAAACCCUUUCAUGACGCUAUGAACAAAUACACUGAUGGUAUGUUCUAG